UACGUUAGCAGUGGUAUAAUACUCUGGUACACACGAAGGGAACUUUAGUAUACGCUGUGUGGCGGUGGCUGGAGGACGACUGCUGAGCUUCCGCAGACAAGAGAGGCAGGAGAGAAAAGGCUAACCGCUUGAGUGUGCUGCAGUGGGGCUUAUUAGCGGAAUGCUCGGACGCAACUGCUGGGCGAGGAAAGUGUAGCGAAGCAGCAGCUGAAACUCGCCUUUUCUGCAGCACCGCCUCGAGACAUCAAAGGAACUGGGGGACGAAGAGUGGGAGGAAACAUAAUCAGCUUGGAAGAAAGAGGCAGACAGGGCCUCACUUUAUGAGAUCGAGGAUAAUGCCAGAGUUUAGGUUCCGUCGUAAGAAGAAGAAACAGCAGUCGUCACGGCGACACACGGUCCACGAUGCAGAGAAGGCUCAGGCCCAGGUGGCAGCUGCUAGGGAGAUGGUCAACAGGGGAGAGCAUGGAAGGGGUCGUCGCUCCCGCUCUCAGAGUGUCGAUAUUGAGACAAUGCUCUCCCUGCAAAUCACCAGCGAAGAGGAUGAGGAGGGUUGUCUAUUUCUUCGUCACAGUAAGGAGCUGCGAAGAUGCCCCAUGCCCUCUCCAGUCACUGUCUCGACACUCAAGAACCUUCUCGUCAACACCUUUGACCUUCAGAGGUCGCUACUGGAUGACCCCGCCAGCUACGUCAUGAUACAAGACAGAGGUUCCAUGAGAUGGACGAAACUCACUAACACCAGUGACGUAUACGACCACUGCAUCCUACAACUAGCAGACCCCGACGCUCCCAGCACAAACCCCACCCACUUCGUCAAGGAUACCAUGCUAGAAGACCACACCUACUCGUCAUCGGAGUCCCCUCCCCCCGUCGUGUCCAAUCACCCUCCCCCCUCUCCACCAUCUGCACACCGUCACUACAAUCAAUCCUCACAUUUGACCACGCCCCUUCAUUCCCCUGCUUGGCCACAACUGGAUGCUCACUACUACGCUGAACCCUCUGCCACUGAUACGAGCAUGUGGCAGUCAGGCACUGCGUCGACAGCUCCCCUCUCCCCACCCCACGUCCCCACCCUCCCACCCUCUCCUCCUCACCCCUCCACCGCCACCCUCACCACCACUGCUCCAGUCCAGUUCGGAUCUCCUCACUCUGUCACCAGCAGCACCAGUGGAGUGUGUUCCGAGUCUUUGCAGACGUCUAUUUCUCCACUCACCAUCAGUAGACACGUGAGGGUGCUAGAACGUCGAGUGCGGGAACUGAGACAAGACUGCGAGACAAUUCGCAGGGAGCAGCAGUCGGAGAUGGCAGAGUUUGGUGCCAUCCUCAGUGGAACCUCGUGCAAGAUCUUGGCCACCAUCAGGGGUCACGCCAGAGUUGCCGCGCUGGGGAAGGGAGUGAGUGUGGAGCCAUUUCGUAGAGAGAGACUAGAGCUGACGGAAGAAAAGACUGCAUACAGGAGACAUGCCGAUGACACCGUGCUGGAAGUCAGUAUUCUGGAGUCGGCAGUUGAGGACAUACGGAGAGACGUGGUGGUGAGAAGGUGCAGGGUUCACGAGAGAGAGGUGGACGGCCUCGUCGGUGCAGUACAGAAGACACUAAAGGCUAUCUCUCAGGCCAAAGAUGAGUAUCCUCGAUUGGAAGAGGCUGGCGAGAAAUGCCUUCGACUAACCAAUACACUAGAGACCCUGAAACAAGUAGCGGUCGUCCAGUUUCACCGCACGCCCCUCGUGCCACACUUUGCACCCGUCGCCAACCCCAACCGGGCGGCGCUGUUGGAUACCAUAAAAGCGGUCACGCCCAAUCACACCCAUCGGGUGGAGUCAAUCGAGAUGGCCGAGUGCGUCCAACACAAGAAGAAGGAGUUGGUCAUGCGACGAGAGGGUGUAAAGAGAUUCGAGAGUCAACUAAGGAUGCAAAGAGAGCACCUGCACAAGAUGGAGUCCAAGUCUGAUCUAGAAGACAGACAAGCCAAGAGAGCGAUCAGACUGUAUCUGGAGGAGAAGGCCGAGCGAGAAGCGGAACUGGCGAGGGAGAUAAAACUGGAGAGGACGGUGGCAGAGAGGAAGAGGAAGGAGGAGAGGGAGAAGAUGAAGAAGAGACUCCAGAGACAGCGCGAGGACGACAAGAAGAUGCAGCGACGGAGGGAGGGCGAGAAAAAGAAGAUGCAGAGACAGAGAGGGAAAAAGGUGGUGGAGAGGUUGAAAAAUGGCGAAGGUGAGGCCGGGGAGCAGGAGAGUAGUCAGAGUGUGGCAGGGGAGGACGAGAAUGGAGAGUGGUACCACCAGGAAAUAGAGGAAGGCUCGAUUCGUUUCUCGUCUUCCUUCUCAAGCACGGCGAGUCUCUUGGAGCACGUGAGGAGUCUGGGUGGAUGGUCGUCUGACAACACAUCGCUGCAAGAGCAAAACAGCACCACUGCUCCCAAAGAAAAUGGAAGUAACACCAGUGCUCCUGAAGAACGCCAAAGCUCUGAGCUCGAAGACCAUAAGCACACAAGUACCGAGGCAAGGUGUGACAAAAAUCGAAGCAAUUCACAUCAAACCUCUGAGCGUGAGUCCAGUACACUGGAUGAGACAUCAGGUGCAGAUAAGGUGCGGAAUCACUCGGAAUUCAAACCAAAGCCUCCACAGAAACAGUCCGGUGACAAUGGCAGAGGUAAGGACCAGCUACAGGUAGCCUCGGGGAAAUCUCAGAAAACAGCGAAGAAAAAGAAAGUGCAGACGGAGACUCGUCUGCCACAGUCCAACGCAGACAGCAAUGGGCUAAAGACAAAACAGCAGAAAGCACAGAGUCUUCCGAGGGAUAAUCCACCCAAGAGCAAGUAUGAGUCACCUCAACUAAAGACAGCUACACCACGGCUUCAGAGACUGAACAACGAAGCAAGAGGAACUCAGUCGCCCACAACUGGUCUGCAGGCAGUGUUAAGGACCAAUCAAACUCGUAGCCCGCUACCUCACAAGCAAACAAAUCAAACUGUCCGCGGUCGCAUCACGCAGACAGCGAAAGCACCGACAAAGUUCCAGCGUCACAGAGCCCCACUCAAUGAUGUCGUUGUUGCCGCUUCCCCACCGGGCCGACAUGUUGCCAGUUCGGAAGCCCUCCUGGACGAUCAUCACCACCAACAGAUCCACAACGGAACAGCCAAAGCACCGUUAUCGUCCACUGCCACCUCUCGGUUAGCUAACACGCCGUCCAAAGUCAGAAAGAGCAUUGGCUACAUGGGCGAGUUUGAGAACCAAGCCGGCAUCUAUGACCUCCUCGAGAAAAAGCCUGAAAAGAAGCGGCGGUCAAGGAAAGACGAUAGGUUGGAUAAAGGGUUCCAGACACCGACCUUUGAUCCGCAAGUGAGGCCCGAUAACGACCCGGAAUUACAGGAGUUGGAGCUGCUAUCCCCGCAUGCCAAUAGCCAGCCAGAUAACUUUGAAUUCAUGUCAAAUCCUUCGUACGAGAGUCGAAUGGAGGCCAGAGACACAGCAGAGCCCAAGGCGAAAUCGCGAUCUCUCGGAAGGUCUGACCCAGUAAACCAACAGAACGGACACCUACCCACUAACACUGGAGGUGUUCGCCAAUCCUACAUGCCUACUUCUAAAAUGCCCACUGCUGUUGUCAUUGACUCAGGGGUGCCACGCAACACCAAGAUGCAGCAGGUUCUACGUGGUUCGAGCAGAGGGUGGCUAAACAGCGAGUCUGACAGUUCAGAGACUGGCAGAGUUCAGUCGGUCCUCUCAGACCACUCGACCAUGACACACUCCAGUGUGACACACCAGUCAGUCCUGUCGGCUGGGCAGCAGUCAAUCUCGUCUGGCAGAUUUUCCAGUGGGAGUCGCUCGAAUGCCCCACCUACCAGCAUCAAACUGCACUCUCACGUGACCUCUCGACCUCUCGUGCCGCAGCCGCACACACACGGGGAGACACAUUCCGGGCUUCCGGUUCUGAUAAAACCGUACCACCCCAGGGGUGAUGAAACCGGGACAGGUCGCAGUCGCCAACAUGUGGCCCCCCACCACCCACCCCACAGGCAGACCACUAGGGUGCCAAUGCAGACUGUCCGUGACGACACUGCGCUAACAUCCUACCCACGGUUUCAGUCCCGAGAGGACCACACAGCCAGACUGCACCAUGAAAACCAGCCAAGUCGUCGCCACAGAACUAAGCACCAGCUGGGAGUUCUUCCAGAGUACAAGAUCAUCAUAGUGGGUCUGGAUAAUGCUGGCAAGACUACCAUCCUCUACCAGUUUCUAAUGAAUGAAGUGGUCCACACAUCUCCAACAAUAGGCAGUAAUGUUGAAGAGGUGAAAUGGAGGAACCUCCAGUUUGUCAUGUGGGACAUUGGAGGGCAGGACUCUCUGCGGCAGGCCUGGAGCACCUACUUCUCGGGGACCCAUUUCCUCAUCCUGGUGGUGGACAGUACCGACAGAGAGAGACUGGCAGUCACCAAGGAGGAACUCUACCGGAUGCUGGGGAACGAGGACCUGAAGAAGGCACAGGUAUUGAUAUUUGCUAACAAGCAGGACCUCAAGGGCUCAAUGUCGGCAGCGGAACUCUCGCAACAUCUGAACCUCACGUCUAUCAAAGACCACGGCUGGCACGUGCAGGCCUGCUGUGCUCUUACCGGGGAGGGGUGAGUAAAGAGGAGAAGGAGGAGGAAUGCAGCAAGCAUUUUUUCACAAGUUUAGAAUGAAAUCACCGAGUGAAUGUACCUUACACACCGUCUCUCCAUCAGCCUGUGUUGGCAGAAUAGUUUCUACGUGGAUUUUUUUUUGUUAUAAACUGUAGGGGUGUGUAACAUUUUCACUAGAAGAUGCAAAUUUAACUCCCUCCUUGUCAGCCAAUAGUAUAUAGCCUCGUUUGUAUACAAACUUCCAGAGGGUCCUUUUUCGGAGGCUUCAAACUGUUAACUUGUUGCCUCUCAGGUUAUACCAGGGACUGGAGUGGAUAUCAGCUCAGACAAGAAACUUAUAGCUGCUAUAUAACAUUGUCCACCAUUCUUUUCAAUCUCACUAUAAUAUAUUACUCUCCACGUCUCUUCAUAAUUAUCAUUUCUU